CCAAGGCUGGCAGAUGGGGGUGGGGGAUGGGGCAGGACACCAACAUGCGAAACGCCCACCAACAGCCGGUCAGGACUACUUCGGGGACACCAGGGCCAGACACGCGGCUCCAGGCUCCAGUGACGACCACAGGGCUGUUCAAGUUUCUGGCGGACAUCCCCCAGGCUGGGCAGGGGAGGCCUGGGAGCGGCGAUGGUGUAAUUCAGGUCCAGCAGCCAAGGUCUCGGGGUGCCGGGCAGACGGCAAAGAAGGGCCGGAGACCCAAGGCCCGGGACAAGAAAGGACAUGGCUCCGCUGAGGCUGAAGAUCUCAUCCUCUCUGCUCCUCGGAAACCCUCCUUCCCCUUCCAGUGGGCCUGGGAGAGCUUCCUCAUGGAUGGUCAGGCCCUGCUUCAGUCUGGCCACCAAGCCUUGCCCUUGCCCCGAGCAGUCACCCAGCUCAAGGCCAGGCUCAAGUCCACAGUCACCCAUGGCUUCUGCUGGAAGACAGAGGUGCUAAACCUGGAGAGGAGCCAGCAGCUCAGGGCCUGGGGCUGCAUCCCCAUCCCUUCUGGCAAAGGGGAGAGCCAAGAACCGGAGGCCUCCAGUGACUGUGACCCCCAGCCACCUGGGAAGAGGUCAGGCUCUGGAUCGGAGUCUGAGGAGGGCGCAGAGCUGGAAACCCUGGGUGCCGAGGAGGCCGAGGGGGGUAUGAGCCCUGGCGAACUGUCCCAACUCCUCAAGAAGGGGUCGUUCUUGGAAGAGGAGCAGUUUGCAGAGGUGACAGAGAAAGCCGAGGAGGGGGAGCACAGGGCCCCCCAUAGAAGGAGGGCUGGUUCUCAGAGAAAGGGGGCUCAGAAUUCUGGUGAGGAGGCCUUGGAUGAGGGUGACCUGCAGCCCAAGGGCAGCAGCUCCAGCUCCAACCUCCGAGGGCCGCAGAGGAGGAAGUCAAGGGCCAAGGAGCUGGAAGGGCCAUGGGACCUGGCGAAGCUGCAGAGGCACUUACAGCAAGAGUUGGACUGUGGCCCUGAAAAGCAGCCCUGGAAGGCUUUUCGGGCUGCUGUCCAGGCCUCCAACCGGAGUAGGAAGACCUACGCCUUGGGGGAUGAAGAGACUUUCCUGUUUGCCAACUUUCCUAACCGGACCUUCUACAAGCGACAGGAGGCUACCAGAAGCCUGUUGCAGGCCUGGGAGCGGCAGCAGCAGGAGGAGCAGCAGCGGGCCGCACUGCGGAGGGCCCGGGAGCAGCAAGCACAGAAGCAGGUGGCACGCUGUCUGGCGGCCUAUGCGCCCAGAGGGAGCCGGGGGCCCGGGGCCAGCCAGCGCAAGCUGGAGGAGCUGAGGCGCCAGGAGCGACAGCGCUUCGCCCAGUACCAGGCAGAGUUGCGGGACAUCCAGCACAGGGUGCAGGCCCGGCCCUACCUGUUCCAGCAGGCCAUGCAGGUCAAUGCCCGGCUCACCGUGACCCGGCGCUUCUGCCAGGUGCUGUCAGCACUGGGACUCGAUGAAGAGCAGCUGCUGGCCGAAGCAGGCAAGGGGAGCGCAGAGGCCAAGUCCAGGAAACCCAGGUCUUCAUCUUUAAGGAGACACAGGUCAAUGGGGGUGAGAACAGAGCACUCUUCUGAAUGCCCCCCAAAGACAGAACCCACUGGAAGCCAGCCCAACAGGUACUCCACUCCAAGCCCAAACCAAGAAGAUAAUGAUUAAAUGCUUUAUGGAAA